AUGCGCCGAUGGGUGCCUUCACUUGGCCUCCUGGCAUACCUCGCAGCAAUCGUCGCCGGGAAUGAAGUUCAGAUUAAACAAGAUGACGAACAUCGCCAGCGGUGCUCAGGGAUGUACAGUCGGAAAUCUUGGGGCGGCUCAAUAGAUCCUUUCAUCCUUGUCAAGUUCCUUCCGGACCACACCGAAGACGACUCAGACCCGAUCGCAAGCCUCAUAAUAUUCGAAUGGCAAGAUGAGCCUUUGAUAGGCAGGAUGCUACCGGGCGGUGAAUCCUACCGAGAUCUUGAGACAAUAUGCACCGCCGACGCCGUGGCACAGGAUUUAUGUGAAGAGAAGGAUAUUGGCGCUUUCAUACUGGCUCCUAAUGCCACAGAGGCCUCGAGAAACCCGAUAUCCAACGAAGCAAUCCAUUUGAAAGACCCCAAGGCCAUCAACUACCCGAUCCGUCGAACGGGGUACUAUUGCGUCUCGACGUACGCCUUCUCAGAUCACGAGUAUAAUGGCGUGGUGGAGUUCAGGAACGCAUACGGUGAGCUGCCGGCGGCUCAAAUAGCAAAACUCCCAUUCUACGGCGGCCUCACUAUUGUCUACGCGGUGCUGGGUGUGUUCUGGGCUUUCCUCUACUUCCAGAACCGUUCCGAUAUCCUCCCGGUGCAAAACUACAUCACUGCCAUCAUCAUAUUCCUCAUCGUUGAACAGCUCAUGACGUGGGGAUUCUACGACUAUCAAAAUAGUCACGGCAACAAUGCUCUCAACAAAGUCUUCAUGAUCAUCGUCUCCAUCCUCAACGCUGGGCGAAACUCCUUCUCUUUCUUCCUCCUCCUGAUCGUCUGCAUGGGCUAUGGGGUGGUGAAGCCCUCCUUGGGGAGGACAAUGAUCUACGUCCGCAUCCUGGCCGCCGCACACUUCGUCUUCGGGGUCAUCUAUGCCAUCGCCUCUAUGGCCGUCACCCCCGAAUCUGUCGGUCCCCUAAUUCUCUUCGUCAUCCUGCCUCUCGCAGGCACCAUGACAGCUUUUUAUGUGUGGACAUUAUCCUCCCUCAACGUCACGAUAAAAGAUCUUAUCGACCGCAAACAAAAAACCAAGGCGAUGAUGUACAAGAAAUUAUCAUGGUGCAUUCUGGGGAGUGUACUGGUUAUCUUUGCCUUUUUCUUCAUCAAUAGCUUCGCGUUGGCCGGGUCGGGAGCCGCGAACUUUGUGCCGGAGCAUUGGCAGACGAGAUGGUUUGUGCUGGAUGGAUGGCUGAAUAUCGUGUAUUUAUUCAACAUCGCGUUCAUUGCAUAUCUGUGGAGGCCGACAGCGAAUAACCGACGAUUUGCAAUGAGUGACGAGCUCGCCCAAGAUGACGACGGUUUCGAGAUCCGCAGCAUCGCCGACUCCAUCGAGGAUGACGAUGAGGAAGCCGCCAACGCGCGAAAAGACCAAGAAAGAGCAAAUAGCAGCCAGGCACCGCCGCCUUCCAAGCCACCUAAUCAGCCCCAAUCGAGGAUGUCGUUGGAUGGAGAGACCAUCUUUGCGGUUGGCGAUGACGGGAUUGAAUGGAGCGAUGGGGAAGAUGAAGACAGUGGCGAUGAGAGGAAGAAACUGACCAGUAGAUGA